GAGUCUAACACACACACACACACGCGAGACUGAGCGCCUUUGUCUCAUAAUAACACGAUGACACGAUUCAGUUACGCAGAAUAUCUCUCGUUAUUUCGAUCAAAUGACAAAAAACGACAUUCAACGCUCCCGAAACCAGAAUCAUCAACUGAACGAACCGCACACCGCUCACAAGAUGGUAUUGUAUGUGCCGUGCAGACAGAGGACUGGACAGACCUGCAUGAAGCGUCUCAUUGUGGCCGCAUAGAUUGUGUUCAAGAUCUGCUCAAAGCUCGUAGCACAUGUGUAGAUAAACGCACACUACAGGAACAGACGGCACUGCUGCUCGCCGUCAAUGGAGAACACAUGGAGUGUGUGAAGUGUCUUCUAGAAGCAGGUGCUGACCCGGAUAUCUGUAAUAAACACAAAGAGACGCCGCUUUAUAAAGCUUGUGCACAGGAGUGUGCGAGUGUGGUGAAGCUGUUGGUGGCGUUUGGCGCAUCAGUAAAUCAGCGCUGUCGUCGAGGACGCACGGCUCUUCAUGAAGCAGCUCGACUGGGCAACACAGACCUCUGUGAGACACUCCUGCAGGCGGGCGCUUCAAUAGAUGUCAGGAACGCAUAUGGAAUCACACCCUUAAUAGAGGCUGCCCGACACGGACGCACAGAAACUCUCACACACCUGAUCAGGAAUGGAGCUGAUGUGAAUGUGCAGUCAUGUGACGGGAAUACGGCAUUAAUUGAAGCCUGUAAACAUGGUCAUGGAGAAAUGGUGAAGCUUUUGCUCAAACAUCACGCAGAUGCCAAUAAAACCUCCAGUGCAGGACUGCUGCCGCUGCACGUCGCCACACAACACGGACACAAACAGAUUGUGUCUUUAUUGCUCCCUGUGACGAGUCGGGCAAGGAUUCGUCAGAGCGGCAUCACACCUCUUCAUGUGGCAGCUGAACACGACCAGCUGAACAUCAUGAGUCUACUCAUUGAGUCCGGCUGUGACGUCAAUGCCAAACUGUCACCUGAAUGCUCAGCUGCCUUCCACGACCGCCGCGUCACGCCUCUAUACUGUGCCAUUGCUGCCAGAAAUGUGCAGGCCACUGAGAUCCUGCUGAAGGCUGGUGCCGAUCCAAACACUGACCCGCUCAGACCGCUGCUGUUAGCUGUACGACAGGGCUGUUUGAGGACCGUCACCAUGCUGGUGGAAUCUGGAGCUGAUGUCAACACUCACUCACCAGACCAGAGCUCAGAGUUUCCAGGAGUUUUGUUGUACACUCACCACAUGGAUGUUCUGCAGUAUCUACUGGACAACGGCUGUGAUGCUCAUGCCUGUUUUACAUGCCAUAAACAUCACAGUCACACUGCAGCAGUGUCCUCAAGAGAUGUGAUCUGCACUAAACCAAAGUUGAAGUUUUGUGAAUGGAUCUCGUCAUCCUGCUGGAGUCAUUCAGCCGGUUCUGUUGUCGAUCUGCUGCUGGAUUAUGUAGGAAAUGUUCAACUGUGCAGCAGAAUCACUGAACAUCUGCAGAGGAAACAAGAGUGGCCAACCAUUCAAGAGAAAACUUUGUCACCUCGACUCCUGAUGCAUCUCUGUCGACUGAAGAUCCGAGAACAUGUGGGAAGUGAAAGACUGAUGUCUGUAAACACACUUCCAUUGCCUGACAGAGUGCUGCGUUACCUGACAUCCAAAACCAUCAAAGAGACCGGGUCAAAUCACACACUGAAACCAGACUUAUGUUUAUAUGGACAAACACAGCCCAUGUAUUGAAUUCAAAUAAAACUAGAACAAAAUCAUGAAUACUGCGUUGGAUAUGUCAUGACUGGUGUUUAUGAGGUUUUGUGCCAUAUAUGUUGUUUGCUUAUUUAUAACUUUUUCGUAACUUGUUUUUUUUUAAGAUUCUGUAGUUUGAUUAUCAACAUGUAAAAACACACUAGAGGUACUUUACUGUGAACAGUAUGAAUACAUGUGCUGAAGUUUAUCCUUGAUUGUUUGACUGUAUUUAUUAUUUCAUAUGCUGGUUUAUGUGUCAUAAAAAAAAAUCAUAAAUAAAGAUCAUAAAUGAAGAUCACAGAUGGUGUAAUGUGAAGCAGUAAAAGUGUUCGGCGUGCGGAACUGGUAAUUAUAUUUUUAAUGAGCUAAUGCACAAGACCUGGAUUAUGAUCAGACUUGCUAAUGAGACAAUAAACAUCAAAACUAAAAAUAAUAAAUAAAUAUUUACAUUCACAAUAAAAAGAUGCCCACACAGAAGUCUGAUAUAUGACCAUAUAUAUUGAAUUACAGUUAAUAUAUUUGAUCUUAUUUUUACAUAUUCAAAUUCCACUAGAAUGUUUAGAAAACAUGGCAUUUUUUGUAGUAUUUUGAAAUAUAUGUAACAUAUAUGUACAAGUUUUAUUUCAGUAAAAAAUACAUCUGUGAACAUGCAUUUAAUGUACUGUGUAUGUGUUUUGCAUCUACUGCCAUGUAGCAGACUUCUGUAUCGAGAAUGUCCCAUGUUGGAACACGUAAAUGUGAUUAAAAUUGGGAUUUAUAUAAAUGCACCAAAGACAGUCUGAUAUGGUACAGAAGGUUAUCUGUUUCUGUGUAAACUUAUGACAUGUUGUGCUAAUAUAAAACUGCAGUUAAAACUAAAAACAACAUAAUAUAUGGGUGCUUGAAAAUAAAGUUAAAAGCCUGUUUAAGCGAUCAUAGAAACUCAACUCACUGUCUGAAAGAAAAUGAUCUUCUCAAAAGCCUAUAACAAC